CGGGAGCUCAAACGAAAUUGGCGGUGUGAACGUCCACGUCGACGUCGUUCCAAUCCAGAAGCCUGUGCAAGCGGCAUCGAAGCACAGCGCAAGCGGAAAACACAAGAACCAGAGCUUUCAUUCAGAGAAGCUAAGGACGACGGCCGUUGCCACGGCAGUAAUGGGAUUCCUGACAGCGCUGCUUGCUCGGUGGUACGGGGUUCGGGCCUGUUGCCACCUCACCGGUGCCUCGCACCCGCCGCUGCGUCAUGCCACUUUGGGGCAAGUCGCCUCGGAAGCAGCCGAAAAAUGGGGACACAGAACAGCCGCACAUUUCCCUGUCGAGAACGUUUCGCUCGGCUAUGCAGAGUUCCAUGAACAGGUUGAGCGCGUGGCUCAAGGUCUGCUCUCGUUGGAAGUGGAGUCGGGCUCACGAGUUGCCAUUCUUUCCCCCACUUGCCACCGGUACAUCGUGUGCCAGUUCGCCGCGGCCAAGGCAGGACUCACUCUGGUUCCCAUCAAUGACAGAUGUCACAUCCACGAGUUAGACUCAGCAUUGAAAAGGGCGUCAUGCAGAGUACUCCUGGUUGGUCGUGGUUUCAAAAAGCAGGACUACUCACAGUGGGCUCAGGACUUGGCUGGGGAGCACAGAGCGCCUCUCUCUCUAGAAAGGUACCCUUCCCUCAAGUACAUUAUCUCGUUGGACAACACCGCGGAAAGCAGGAGCGUGAUGGGUUUCUCCGAAUUGCUGUCCUUGGGCCAAGGCCACGCGUCGCGGCUGAGCAGUGCAAGUCCUGAUCUUCACUCGGCGGCCAGUAUGCUCCACUCAUCGGGGUCUACUGGAAUACCGAAGAUCAUUCCUCUGAGUCACUUCAACUUGGUGAACGCGGUACAUCUGUUCCGCCACAUGACAGGAUUUGAAGCAGAGCGAAGCGUGAUGUGUUGUGCAAUGCCGCUGUACCAUGCAUUCGGGCACGUCGACUUCGCUAUCUGCAGCAUAGCAGAGGGCAUGACCACCGUCUACCUGCCCCCCGGAACCCCUACCACUCACAUUUUGGCGUGCAUUGAACAGUACAGGUGCACAACGUUACAGGGAACACCGACACUCUACCACGACCUGCUUCACUGCCCGGAAUUCGGGCGCCGGGACAUUAGCAGCAUUUGCGAAGGGCUCAUUGGAGCAACAAGCUUGCAGCGACCGGCUCUGGAGAACAUCGCUGACAAGCUUCGUCUUCGUCGAUUGGUGAUGGCGUAUGGAUUGACGGAGACAGCUGGACCCAUGGCCAUAGGCCUUCAUACAGAGGCCGGCUACCAGCCUUUGCCGCACACAGAGUGCCGCUUGUGUGACAAUGAACUACAAGUGCGUGGACCCACGGUGUUCGCUGGCUAUUGGGAUCACCCUGAGUCAGGUCUUUUGCCGGAUGGCUGGCUACCCACAGGCGACCAGGCGGAACUCACGGAGCAGAACCUGCUGCGGAUUCGUGGGCGUAUCAAGGAUUUGGUUAUAAAAGGUGGUGUCAACAUUAGCCCCGAGGAAAUUGAGCUUGCUCUGGUUGAGCACGAGUCGGUGGAAGAGGCUAGCGUGGUCGGUGUGCCCGACGAGAGGCUGGGCGAGGAACUGUGUGCCUGGGUGCGGCUGGCACCUGGAGCGCGGAACAAAAUCACUGAGCAGCAGCUUCGUGAGCACUGUAAGCGCAAGGUGAACAGCCUGAAAGUGCCAAGGUACUUUGAGAUCGUCGAUGACUUCCCUCGGACCAGCGUGGGGAAGAUCUCCAAGCGAGACAUACGCAGCACGAUGACAGACAACCUACGAGGGAAAUCCUAGGUGCCCACUGAAACGAACGCUACAAGGCAUAGAGGAGAAUUUUCACGAAAGUGGUGAAAGAAGCCCACUAAGUGAUAGAUAGCUGAAUUAGACUUGAUCCAAGAGCGACUUCAAGCGCACGUCGAACUAAGUGAUUCACCUCAAUAUAUUGUUUUACCCUCUUCCUUUCUGGAGUGUUUAUUUUGCUUUAGCAGUGCUCUCUUCUUUGGGACAGCUGAUGCCUUUCCUAGCUUUCUGUCACUCUCUCUUAGCUUCAAAAAGGGGCAGGCAAGCGCAUCACAUUCUCCCACUACCCUCUGUUUUCCACAAUGUCCUUUAUUGCACGUUUUUCUUUCCCCUCCUCCAAACUUGGAUAUGAGGGAGAGUGAGCGAAGUUUACAAGGAUACAGCUAAGGCAGUUUCUGUCUCAAAGAAUACUAGCCCACACACCGAAACAUCGGUUUUGGAACCUGCUCAAUAAUUUUUUUUCUCUAAUCGCUCCCUAUUCUUUUGCUGGUAUUGAGCCUUCAGAGAAGCUGCACAAGUUAUUAUUCUUAUUAUUUCGCAAUACAGUCAACCCUCUUCGGAGAUAGCUCACAGAGACGGUUCUGUAAAAAAGAGAGAAGGGACAUCAUGCAUUUAGGAUUCACUAAUACAGGCCUGAACACUAUAAAGUGGUACACUAGUAACCCUUUACCUUGAUAUUCACCUAAGGUCUGUUCAUAUUCAGACAAAUUCUUUUGUUGAAAAACUCACAUCUUCAAUGCAUUCUACACUUCAAAUACAGCAGCAAAGAAGGAGAGACGGAACCGAUUGGUGCGAGUGAUGUACGUUUGGAUUAACGUAGUGUGGUUAGUUCUUGAGCUUUGUUUAUUUGGUGACACUAAGUAUACUUCUGUGUUAUCAUUUUGUUGACAAUUUAGAAUUUAAACUAAUAACUCCAUAGGAGUUUUUCUGCUUCCGCGUUUCUAUCAACUGCAGGUAAGAAGUACAGAGCGUUUGUGUGGUGAACUCUGCCCUUCUAUACCGGGAGCAAAUAAAUUGCAUUACAUACUUCUGAA